AUGGCUACAAUCAAAGGCCGUAAAGCAAAUGAGAUCUUCCAAGGUCAAGCUCUCUUGUAUAGACACAUGUAUGCCUUCUUAGACUCUAUGUGUCUUAAAUGGACCGUUGAGCUAGCCAUACCAGACAUAAUCCACAACCAUGGUCAACCCAUAACUCUUCCUGAGUUGUUGUCAAUUUUGCAAGUUCCACCAACUAAAGUUUGUGGCGUGCAGCGUCUCAUGCGCUACUUGACUCACAAUGGAAUCUUUGAGAUAGUAAAAAUCCAUGACAAGUACAACCAAGAAGAGAAGGAAGCAUAUGCUCUCACUGUUGCAUCAGAGCUACUUGUCAAAGGCACUGACCAUUGUUUAGCUCCAAUGGUUGAGUGUAUUCUUGACCCAACUCUGUCAAGUUCAGCCCAUCAGUUGAAGAAAUGGAUUUAUGAGGAAGAUCUCACACUAUUUGAUGUCUCCUUGGGGUCUGGAUUUUGGGACUUUCUUGAUAAAAACCCUGCAUAUAAUAGUUCCUUCAAUGAGGCAAUGGCUAGUGAUUCUCGAAUUUUAAACUUGGCAUUAAGAGAUUACAAUUUGGUCUUUGAGGGGCUGGAAUUUAUUGUGGACGUAGGAGGUGGAACUGGAACCACAGCCAAGCUUAUCUCUGAGACAUUUCCAUAUUUGAAGUUCAUAGUGUUUGACCGUCCACAGGUUGUAGAGAAUUUGCCCGGAAGCAACAAUUUGACUUAUGUUGGUGGGGACAUGUUCCAAUCUAUUCCUAAGGCUGAUGCAGUUCUACUCAAGUGGAUUUUACAUAAUUGGACUGAUAACGAUUGCAGAAAGAUAUUGGAAAAAUGUAAAGAAGCUAUUUCAAAUGAUGGCAAAAGAGGAAAAGUAAUUCUCAUAGAUAUUGUGAUAAAUGAAAAGCGAGAUGAACAUGAAAUUACUCAAACAAAGCUUCUUAUGGAUGUAGCGAUGGCGUGUCUUAAUGGAAAAGAGAGAACUGAAGAAGAAUGGAAGAAACUCUUCAUGGAAGCAGGCUUCCAAGACUACAAAAUAUCUCCUUUGACCGGAUAUUUGUCUGUUAUUGAGGUCUAUCCUUAA